AUGGCAGAAAAGAUCCUAAUCCGCCAUUACAUUGAGUUUUGCAUCAUCGCAAAAGAACAAUUUUUUUUAUUGCAUUUGGCUUGCCCAAAAAAUUUGGAAACACCAAAACUCAGUGGUAAUGGCGGAUUAGGAUCUUUUUGUCAAAAUUUUUUUCUGGCAGACCAAGAAUGGCUCCUUAGUGGGCUAUUCUUGGUCAAUUAG